AUGCACCUCAUCCGCAUCAUCCAAUGUGUUAUUCCCUUCGUCACUCUCUGCCUCGCCCAGGCUGAUGAUCGAUCCCUUACCCUCAACCUGAUCAACCAGGCUCGCGCGGCUCAAGGAGUCCAGCCUCUCACCUGGAACGACAACCUGGCCUCUUAUGCCCAGUACUGGGCAAACAUCAUGGCGGCUGGCCAGCAGCCCUUUUCGCACGCUCAAGGUUCUUACCGGCCUCAGCAGGGAGAGACGCUGUUCGAGUACCAAUCGUCCCAAUGCGAUGCGGCCUACGACAGCCCCCUGCAGAAGGCCGCACAGACUUGGCUAGCACAGGCCUCGCUCUACAGCGGAGCGCCUAUCGCGGAUGGACACGAGCCCUGGCUUCACUGGUCACAGUGCAUGUGGUCGACGACGACGCAGAUUGGCUGCGCUCGAGCCUACAGCAUCUCGGAGGCGUACAAGGUGUACGACGUGUGCCGCUUCUUUCCAGAGGGCAACAUAGUUGGACAGCGGCCGUUUUAG